AUGCUUUUGGAAAAAUUCCACAACAAACUUCAUGGCUCGAGGUUUUCCAAACACUCCAACCGGUCCCCCGCUACACGGGACACCACCGUUGAGCAGGACAGCCAGGAUCUUAUGUGUGUUGACGAAAAUCCAGUGCAAGAAAACGCCCCCGCUUUGGGACCCCAGGAGCUCCGCAUAAACACCCAGCUGUGCAAUUUGCGCUUCGGGUGUCAGAACGGUGUUUCUACUCCCGUCAGCACUCCAUCGGCUCAACCUAUUAUGCCGUACAUGUACAUGAGCCAAAAACGUCAAGACAGUGUCGCAUCAUUUGCGAGUUCAAUAUCCGACCUACCAGGCUCUGUUAGGCCAUCAGUAUCAACCUCAUUCUCUCCACAGUUCGUCCGUCUUCUCAUGGACGUGUAUCAAGAUAUAUGUUCCGAUCCAACCGCCACUCCUUUCGACAUCAACAAUCCGCCUCCGGGAAUACUCAACAGAGCCGCCAAAUUGGCUGUGUCGAGAGCUGAGGAAAAUGGUGUUGACUAUGGUCGUGAGAAAAAUGCCAUUCUUAUAAGUGCCAUUAAACAGAGACUUCAGCAGGAAGUACGCCAGGAUGGAUAUUUGUCGCGUAAUAGCUCCAUGGUAUCGUUACCGCCCAUGCCUGUCUUCAAUUCUUCCGACUUAACACCGCCAAUGUCUUCGGAUUACUUUAACGUACACUCCGAAGUUCCCCCUCAGCAGCCACUUUCAGCACCAUUCCAGGUAUCCAAUUACGGCAGCAAUCAACUGCAGCCACCCUCCAUGCCACUAGGAGAACCCAGACCCUCGAUACCGAAGACGUUACAACGGUCCAGAAACGACAGCUUUAUAAGUGCCGCUGGACGAAGCCGGAGUGGCUCCAAUCACAUUCUUCCUUUUCAACAGCUACAGCCUGCAUCAUCUAUAAUGGAGCCCUCUUUUGCGAGAUCAAGAUCUGGCAGCAAUGGGUACUAUGCUUUGACGCCAACUAGCUCUUUCUUACCAGAUUGCCAAAGGCCCAUUGUGUCCAGAGAGAAGAGUAACGAAUCUGCGGCUUUCGAGAUAUGA